AUGUCGUUCCCCACAAACAAUCCGCCAGACUGGGCUUGGCCGGCUGACCCGGCCGACCUAGCUCGCAUCGUACAGGCCGAGAACGAGGCUAGAAACAUUCCGACGACCGACUCAGACGACGACUUCGAGCCGGAGGAUCUACCAUGGAUUGCGGCGGAGGUGACCAAGGACCUUGACCGGAAAGAAAACGAAGACUUGGAAACUGCUAUACGGUUGAGUCUAGAUACCGCUAUAGUUGAAGAGUCACAGCAUCCUACAACUGCUGAAGCCGACCGCCCGCACGCAGAAGAGGAUGGGGAGACUCGUCUUGCGCUUGAUGUCAGCCGAGUAAUGACAAAACAGGCGGAUCUUGAUCGUCUUGCAGCUGACGAUGCGGAACAACGAGAGAUACUUGGAGCCCAACUACUAUCCGAGCGUGAAGCACGGAUUCGUUACCAAGAGGAUAUUCGAAAGGCUGAAUCGCUAUCUCGGAGCGAAGAACGCGCUCGGGCUCAAGUUGCGCGAGAAGAGGAAGAACAGGCCAUUGUUGAGAGAACGUUGGCAGCCGAACGUGAGCGGCAGCGGCAGGAGAGCAUCUACAAAGCAAUCAUUGAGAUCAAGGCCGCCGCUGAACGUGAGCGGAAGCGAAAAGCCGAGGAACUUGCCCGUCUCCAGGCGGACUACGCUGUUGGUGACCUGGAUGAAGACGAGCAGAUGCAGCUUGCCAUACGGCUGAGUCAGGACGACGAGCAUUUGAAUUAUGCUGCGAAAGUCGAGCAAACUCGGCGAGAUAUGCCGCGCUCUGUCAUUGAGCAUGAGCAGGCCAGCCAGCGAUCAGCGACUCAGGAUAUAUAUGGACGUCCAGUGUUGGGAGCCGCAGCCUCCUACCCUCCGGGCUCGGUCCCUGAGCAGGAGCAAGCGAGCGUGGCUGGUGCUCAAGAAUCGAUCCAGGAUCUCGAUGCACUCUUGCGGCCCCUAAUACCAAUCGCCGAGACACCAGAAUCUCAGGCAGCAAGUUUGCAAUUAGCCGCAAGCUUUCGAAGCAAUGGCCCUGCUGCUCUUCCGGCCACAUCUACAACGGAUUGCAGCAGACUCGACGUGAGGGCUCCGUAUCUACCGGGUGCAGUUCUUUCAUUUUCAUCUUCUGCUAGAAGCGGGUCUUCUAUUCGAUUGAUGGCUUCGACCCCUCUACCAUCGCGCCACAUGGUAGAAGAGAACCAUACGCAGGGAGCGGAUUCGUUCGAAGUACCUCAAGAUAUUUCAAGCGAGCUGCAAACUAGCGACGAUACUUCGGUACAUCCCGGCGCCUAUCCUCCGUCUCCUUCCCAGGCAAGCUCGGCUGCACGUAGUACGGUGGGGCGAUGGAUAUCAGAAGUUAACACCCCGAAGUUGCCAGGUGCGUACCCACAGUCUUACGCGAGUAUUGAAGCACCUCGUGGCGGCCCAGUACCACUUUCCGGGAUACUAUCUCGGAGGCACCGGACAGCUCGACGCCCUUUGGACGACAGCAGAUCCAGCGAGCGACUUCCUGGCGCAUAUCCGCCAUCAUCGCAAGCAAUUAACGCUCUGACUCGAUUGGGUGCCGUGUCUUCUGAAGGCUCGUUCGUCACAGCCUUGGAAACACAACAUCCCCACCGCCAUGAACAGCCACAGACCGCUCCGUCAGAUUUAUGGCGUCAUGAGUCCGGUGAACAUCAGCAGCUGGGAGCUCAAGGCUCUCGACCGUCCACGUCCCUGUUGUUCUCUUCACCUUCGAGUGGGUCAUCAUCUGUUGUUCGACCGCCGUCGUCUCGAACAUCAAAUGCGAGCGUUGUGCGUAAGCCUAUUGCAAAAUCUCGGCCUCCAACUCUCAUCGAUGUCGAGAGACAAGCGCUAGUAACUGCUCCCGAUCCGACAAUCCCGGCAAUCGUAGUCUCAUCACACUCACGACAGAGUCCGGUACAGUAUAGGUUCUACGGUCCAGUGACCGUGAACAACUACAAUGUUCCUGGAGAUUCCUUGUCCUCUUCGUCUCUGGUUCAGCAUGUGCUUACCAAAGGCGGUGAAAAAAUCACGAAGGGUAUGAACGAGGCAACGUUAGGCUUCAAAGGUAUAGUUGAGGCGAAGAACGCGGCGAAGAUUUUGGCGAAGAAUGCAAUCCGCGGCGGAUUAUGGUCUCGAGGGGAGAACCAGGCCAACAGAUUCGAAGUCGGUUCUCCAUCAAGGGCUGCGUAUGCUCCAGGCAGCGUAGUUGGGGAGAUUGACCGAGUCUCUGUUCCAGAAGUUCAGGAUGCCGUGGGUAGUAUCGCUCCUUUGCCGCCAAUACAAGAAUGGCACGUCACGAAUCCUGAUCUGAGUCGCUCGACCUUGAACACCCCCGAAUCCGGGAGAUCACUGCGUUCGGAAUCCCCAAUGCGACAGGCUGUUGACGUCUUCGCACCUAGAACGUCCACGUCGCUGCGGUCGGUAACGCCACAUCCACUACCGGCGACAACACAGCAGGGGACACCUUCGCCGACCCUAUCGACUAUGUCAAUGGUCUUGGACCUGAACGGAGAUGCCGUGACCCCACCUAGCGAUCGGCAGUCAUGGUUGACAGGUUCUCUCGACGACCGCAGUUUCAUGGACGGUCCUGCCGCCUCAGGUCUAGUUCAUGACAGUCUCAUGCCUUGUCCUCUGAACAUACACAAAAUGCCUCUUCCAGUGCCACAGAAGCCCUCUGAAUUUGCCAAUGCUUCUAGGACGACACCACCAGCACCGCCUCCAGGGAACCGGAAUCCGGUGUCAAAGUACUUGUCUCAGCAAGAGGAUGAACAAGGUCAGUGGCUGCAGCAACCAGUCCAAUUCCCCAUCAUGUUCCCGACUCAAGGGCCACGGCCUAGCUCGCCGGAUUCGAUAACAGCGACGGCGCCGAGUCCAGGGCGGGUCAAUGUGGCUCUGAAUCGCCGUAGCCAAUACGCGCCGAUUGACACAAACCUGGCGAACGUGCCUCCGGGUGAGCGAGACAUCAAGCGGUUCAAUUCGCGGUCAAUGGCGGAUCUGAGUAGAAUGGCUCAGGCGGGCGUUCCGGCGAGUAUGGAGAUACUGCGCGAGCAGUAUGAGCAGACCUAUACUCGCGCACCGCAUGAGCUUCAGGAAAGACAGAACUCGGACGCGAGGGCAAGAAGGAGAGAGAAGGAGACCCAGAAAUUCCUGAGGCGACAGCUUUGA